AUGGCCAACUUGCGGGAAACGCGGGAGACGGAGCAGCAAGCCAAGGCGCCCCUGAACUGUCCUGGUUUGCAUGGCCUGCAGCAGACGUCCGUGCCAGAACCGGGCCGUGUCUGCGACAUCUGCGAUCAGGUUCUGAAGCCGGGGUCCGAAGCCUUUGCCUGUAAGACCUGUGAGUUCGAUGUGUGCCCGACGUGCCUGGAUCAAGGCCUUGCUAGAGCCGAUGUGCAAAUCGAGAGGAUAAAGAAACGAAUUGACGGCUACACCAAGCGGCAGAGAGCGAGCUAUGCUGACGAGGCCAAGCAGGCGGCAGCAAGAGCCGUGCUGCCAGCAGCCUUGUUGGAACUGUCGGACUCGGGAACAAGGACGGACGACGAGUUGAUUCGAGAGCUACUGAAGUGGUUCAAGUUUGACUUUUUCCGGUGGGUCAACGGCCCCUCAUGUGAGCAGUGCACGGCGAGUGCCACUCAACAUGAAGGCAUGACCGAACCCAAUGAGGAAGAGCUCCGCUACGGUGCGACGCGGGUCGAAGCCUGGCGCUGUGGCGGAUGCCACUCCCUUGUGAGGUUUCCAAGGUACGAUGAUCCGGCACGGCUGCUUGAGACACGCCGGGGAAGAUGCGGGGAGUGGGCAAAUUGCUUCACGCUGAUCGUUACAGCUCUAGGAUACAGAGCCCGGUUGGUGGUGGACUGGACCGACCACGUUUGGACAGAGGUUUGGUACAAGGGUGGCUGGCACCACUGUGACCCUUGUGAAUCUUGCUUGGAUGCACCUUUGAUGUACGAAGCUGGAUGGGGAAAGAAACUGACCUACAUACUCGCCUUUGGCCAGCAGGAGGUGGUUGACGUAACUGCCAGAUACACUUGUUCUUGGGCGGCAGUUCUCGAACGUCGCACUUUAAUCUCGGAAGAGCAGCUGGCGCAGAUUAUCGAAGAUGCAGACUCCCGCGUGCGGGGAUGGCUUCCGAUUCCGGCCUGGAGGGAGGAGGAGGAGUCCGAGCUCCAGCGGUGCAAGAUGAAGAGCACUGGAAAAAGUAAGGCAGGGCUUUCAGCGGAGGAGCUUUCUGGGCGCAAGUCUGGCUCUGCAGAAUGGCGCGCGCAGAGGGGGGAGCUGGGAGAGUUGGGUGCCAGCCCCGUCCCCCUCUACGUGACCGAGGCUUGCUUCCUCAUCGACCCUUCGUGCAAGGGGCCGUCGUUACACUCAGCACAGCUGGUCUCCGGCGCAUUGCCGGGGCUGCUGGCCGGUGUCAAGUGCUUGGAGUUGAGAGAACCCCUAGCAGCGGUGGAGGUGGAAGCCUUCUCACCAGCUGCCCCUGACCCAUUCCUCUCUGCUGAGGGCUUCACAGUGGAGGCCUGGGUCGCUGCCUCUGAAAAGGAGCUGCAGCCUCUCGCUCACGCGAACCCCUUAAUUUCGUGCCAUGGGCCAGGUUCGGGAUGGGAGCUGCGGCUUUGCGCCAGGGGAGGUAUCGUCUUCUUGGUCACGGUCGAUGGACGCCAUCAUGAGUUGCAAAGCACCGAGUGCUGCGAGUGGCGUGGCCAGUGGAUUCAUGUCGCGGGGACCUUCGACGGACGGGUCUCUCAGGUCUUCGUCGGCAAGGAGCCGAUGGGGGAGCUUCAGGUCGUUGCUGAGGGAUCCGAAGGCAUGCGGGUGGCAUUUGAAGGGCCGCUGUGCCUGGGGAGAAAUCCAGCCUGGAAGGAGCGUGGAGCCCGAUGCUGGCUUCAUGCUAUGCGCAUAACGAAAUCGGUCCUCGCAGCGCCCGAGUUCCUCCCUGCCCCAAAAGUGGUGGCCACGGGGCUGGGCAACCGCAAGGUCCGUGCCACCAAGAUGAACGCCGACUCCUCCAGGUCCCACCUCAUGCUCAUCAUCAGCAUGGACGUGACCGACAAGGAGACCGGAAGGCGACGCUCUGGGAAGAUUUCCAUUGUGGACCUUGCAGGCUCGGAGCGCCUGAGCAAGAGCGAGGUCACCGGUGAGGCACCGGCUUGGGAGUCCUGGGUUCGUAGGGUUCAUGCAAGGCGUAAGGCCCCGAGGUUCAGGUGUACAGGACCCCCCAACUCUGCAAAACCAACAAGCAGCCCUCGGUCACCGAGAUGCACCUUCCUCACUUUUUCUGAGUGCCAAGCCUUGCAGGCCCAGAAAGAGGCCAUCGAGAUCAACAAGUCGCUAACAGCGCUGGGGGAUGUCAGGACCUCUGUUGAUGUUUCUUUCCCACUGCAGUUAUUGCAUUUUCGAGGGUCGGAACAUGUCAGAACACAAGUGCCCUUGUCUGUCAAGCUCAGAAGUUUGCGCCGAGGUAAUGAUGGCCUUUGCUUCUAG